CAUUAAAUAUUCCUAUCGUCAAAUAGAUAUAAUCAAGUCGAAAUGGGUGGUACUCGUGAUAAAAAAGUUCAAUACUUCAGCAAAUUAAGACAAUUAUUGGAAGACUACCAAUCAAUCUUCAUUGUUGGUGUCGACAAUGUCUCUUCUCAACAAAUGCACGAAAUUAGAAAAGCCUUAAGAGGUGAAGCUACCGUUUUAAUGGGUAAAAACACCAUGGUUAGACGUGCUUUAAGAGGUUUCUUAUCUGAAUUACCAGAUUAUGAAAAAUUAUUACCUUUUGUUAAAGGUAAUGUUGGUUUUAUUUUCACCAACAGUGACUUAAAAUCUAUUAGAGAUGUUGUUGUUUCUAAUGUUGUUGCUGCUCCAGCUAAAGCUGGUGCCGUUGCUCCAAAAGAUGUUUUCAUUCCAGCUGGUAACACCGGUAUGGAACCAGGUAAAACUUCUUUCUUCCAAGCCUUAGGUGUUCCAACCAAGAUUGCCAGAGGUACCAUUGAAAUUGUUUCUGAUGUUAAAGUUGUUGAAAAAGAUGCUAAAGUUGGUCCUUCUGAAGCUACUUUACUUAACAUGUUAAACAUUUCUCCAUUCACUUAUGGUUUAACUGUUGUCCAAGUUUACGAUAAAGGUCAAGUUUUCCCAGCUUCUAUCUUGGAUAUCACUGAUGAUGAAUUAGUCGGUCACUUUGUUUCCGCUAUCAACACCAUUGCUUCCAUCUCUUUAGCUGUUGGUUACCCAACCUUACCAUCUGUUGGUCACUCUGUUGUUAACCACUAUAAGAAUGUCUUAGCUUUAUCUAUUGCUACUGAUUACACCUUCGAAGGUUCAGAAGCUAUCAAAGAUAGAUUAGCUAACCCAGAAGCUUACGCUGCUGCUGCUCCAGCUGCUGCCGCUGCUGGUUCUUCUGAUGCUGCUGCUGAAGCUGCUCCAGCUGAAGAAGCUGAAGAAUCCGAUGAUGACAUGGGAUUCGGUUUAUUCGAUUAA